AUGAGUUUAGAGAGUAAUGAAAUGAACGGAUGCAAACAAUUCUCUUUUGACCUCAACGCCAAGCCAGUUGAUGAUGGCAAUUGCGAUUCUCCCAAAAACUCAGAUUCAUGUUCAAUUUGUCUUGAGACGCUGGUCAAGACUAGUGAUGAUAAUCGAACACUUGUUACGCUUAAAUGUGACCACAAGUUUCAUCUCGAUUGUAUUGGUUUAGCUUUUAAUGCAAAAAAGUUGAUGCAAUGCCCAAACUGUAGGCAAAUAGAACCGGGCCAAUGGCGAGAUCCAACAAACCCUCCAAUCCCAACUGCUGGAGAAGACGACAUUAAUAUAACUAUGGAAAUGGAGUUGUGCCCUUUGCAAGGCUUAGGACAACAAGAUUCUUUCGAGAACCCACAUUUAUUGGGUCAACAAUGUCAAUACAUAGAGUAUUCUUUCACCAUUCCUCAAUCUUCUGCUACUGUUAGCGUCCCUCAAAAUUUCAUUUUCAGUAGCCAUUGGAUCACCAGCACAGGACAAGUCCAUUAUCAUAUGCCAUCUAAUCGAAUGAUUUUCUGGAGUGCCUCAGAGCCAGGAGUCAUAAGAGGGAGACACUAUCUGGCUCAUCCCUUUUAUGAUCACAGAUUCAACAGCUCAGCAGUGGUUCCACCGAAUCUAGACGGCAGCUCAAUAGCUAAUGCUUCGCCUUCUCUAAUCAGCAGCACAAUGCACCUUAACCAGCUUCCAUUUCUCUUUGGACAAACUGCUAAUCCUGAACAAACUGCUAGAGGAAUCUCAUAUUCUCGGGCAACUUCAUCUGGUUCGAACCAGGCUAACAGCAAUGGCCUCAGCCGAUCUAAUGUAUGGGCGGCUGAGAAUUUCUUUGAUCUGGAGGAACAGUUCGCGAUGGAAAGAGAGUUAUACUUCGUGAUUUAUGGCAGUCGGGGUGGAGGGCCUAGAGGUGGAGGGAGCAGCAGCAAUGGUGGAAGAGCUGGUGGUGAGAACGGAGAUGGCAAUGGGAUAAGUGGCAGAAACUGA